CUCGGCGCAGCUACGAAUGACUGUAACCCUGGUAAAUCCAGGCAGUGGAGCAUGCAAUGGCCGCCUAAGCGGCCUAAGACGAGACCGACUUUUGAUGUCGUACAGCUGGAAGACUUCCGAAUGCAUUAGGUACCCAUCACCUGGCGCCUAAACGAAACCAUGCUUGGGUCCAACCGCAAUGUGAGGCUGCGAGUAUUGAGUUCUUUUCCAAGGAGUCUUGACGCCGAUUGGUGGUACCCUGUAAGAUGACCUUGAUGUGUUGCCUUUGAUUCGACUUACCAGACGGAUAGAACCAAUCUAGCGGAUUACUGGUCAACCUCUGUCGCUUAACGAUUUGCACGUGCGACACUGACAGACUCAUCUUCAUCAUUGGGCUGUUAUACACAAUAACUCUGAACACAGCAAUCCGUCAUCAUGGAUCCGGAGACGGCUCGUCAUGAAAAUAGCCAGAAGCAAGCGGAAGACCAUACGACGAAACAAGGAUCCCCACAGACUCCCGCACUUAAGGACAAACUGGCCAGCGAGACCCAUUUGCGCCGCUUCACGGAGAAUGUAUUGGACUCCAGGCAACAGGAGAUUGAGAAUCGGGAAUCAGAAAAGGGCCAGCUUGCAGUAGAGGCGGAAACUCUCAGAAGACAACUUGCGGUCACCCAGCGGCAGCUCGCAGAGGCUCAGGAUCAGAUCUUUCGUCUACAGCCUAGGAGAAGAGAUAUCACAGAAGCAGAGGCUAGAGAAGCCUACAAGAUCCUAGUUGGGAAUGUCCAGCGCUGGGUUGAAAACCGUGCUGCAUAUGCUAUUGAGGAUCUGGAAAUUAGCCGCCUUGCUGCCAGAGCAUCCUCUCCAGAAGGGCUGCGACUCGUUUCUCUUCUCAGGGAACAGUCAAGACGAUGCUUGAAUGUUACGCAGUCUGACGAAUUUCACAUCACUGGGGUCAUCAUGAACUAUCUCCACGUUACUCUGUUCUCAAAGUCCUUUUAUUGUCCUCUCGAUGAUACGGAAGGUGACGGAACGUCGAGAUGGGUUGAUGAUCUCGAGAAUACUAUGUCCCGACUGCCAAGAGAUACAGCUCAUUGUAGGGAAUGGAGAAGCGAGACGCUGACUGCCUUAACUCACCAACCAUCUUUCAGAACGCGCCGGCAAAGAUUUCUGAAUUUUGUUGUUGACGAUCUGACAACUUUACUCUCAAUCAUUGCCCCGAAAAGUCCUCCCGCUGAACUGCAUAGUUCUGUUCGUCGAAGCAUUGUAGAACCUGCAGCAGAUCUCGCUCAUCAGCUUCACCUGGCGCCCAGUGUAUUUUCAUUGAAGUGGCCUGCUCGCACAGCUGCGACGAGGUUGGAGGUUUACCAAUGCUUGAAUCUAGCGAAUGGAGGAGCAAUUCUUGACUUGAGUGGAACAAAGGCAGCUUCUCAAGCACGCCGCGGUGUCAUAUAUCUCUUUGAUAUAGCUCCCGGGCUUUUCGUCGAGAGAGUCGAGGGUGGUAGAAAGCUCGGGCUGAAAGCAAUUGUUAAACCCACAGUUCUCGUCACCAACUCUGGUGGGGAUGUGCUCCAGGGCCCAACAAUAAUGAGUUUCCUAUGGAAUAAUACGCCAACUUCUCAAGGAACCAGUCGAAGCUCAUCAAGAGCAUCAAGUUCAAGGAGGCCAGCUGGAUCUGUCAUAUCGGCAUCAAGCAGACAAAGAUAUUAGUCCUUGUUUUAUGAAAUUGUGUUCUUGUAAGGCGUAGAAGUCAGCAAACAGAGACAACAGCAUUAAAAAGAUAAAACGAUAACUGGAGAAGAAUAAAACGCACGUAUGCUACUUUUAUUGUCUGAAGGAUAUCAUAUUUGGGUAUUUUAAGGAAACUGGGCUAGAAAUGCUUUUAUCGAUACCAAUAACCACCAUAACCUUCCUGAUGAGUAACGAUUACCGGUAUACUGCGAACUCGGCGGGUUGGCCGAGGAGGUAGAGGCGGUGGUGGGGCGCCAACUUCUGAUGCAGGUCGCCGCCGACCAGAAACAGGAACCUGUAGAGUGUUUCCGGGGUAAUGUGGCGCGAGUGGCCUUGGGGGAAGUGGUGGUGCUGAUGACCGUGACUGUGAAGGCCGCCCGAGCCUCUCAGGCACAUUCGAUGCGGCGUUCCUGGUCAAGCGCUGACCUUGAACCACCUGAGGUUGAAGGUGCAGGGGUCUUUGGCCAGGUGUCCUGUUGUUUGGCGGUGAUAAUUCUCUCCCUCUGGGAGGAGUUGCUCGCUUGACCUCGCGGGCAGCUUGCUUCACCUUCUUUGCGGGAUUCGGAACUUUUCUCACAACUUUUGGCUUCGGCGGUGCGGUAGCUUUCGCAGGCCCAGUUGCCUCUUUGUCUCCUGAGGUCUGGCCAGUCGGUGCUGGAAUGAAAGGUCGAACACAGUUGCUGAUAUAAUCAUUGGUGACCCCUAAGGAUGUGGCAUCAACAAUGCCUG